UAAAGCGAACCAUUUGUGGUUCUCGCUUAAAACAAAUGUAUUUGACCAUAAUAAUUUCAUUAUACAGCGCCGGUUUUAACUUCAUUGAAUAGUUUAAAUCUAACUUUCGAAGCUGCGGUGAGAUCCAUAGGAAACGUUUGAUGCAAUGAAUUAAAUCAUCAAGAUUUUGAUUUCCUGCGAUCUACAGUACAUUGGACUUUAACAGUCAUGGAAAGGAAUUUCUCAUAACAGCAUUUUUGUAGAAAUGGGAAAAUGGGAAUUGACAAUGGAGCCUGUUCAGGAGUGGGGUGAGGAGCACGAAGACGGGGCGGUUUUUGGGGUCACCCUGCGCAGAGAGCCUGUUCAACAGUCGGCCGAGCCCACGGAGGCUUUCGUUCAGUACAGGACAUGUAAAGUGCGCAGGUUGAAAGCCGCAAAUCUGGACUGUCUGGUAUCUCACCUCCUGGAUCCCUCCUGUCAGGAAGAAGACUACGGGAGGAUCCUUCUGUCCACAUAUCGCACCUUUACCAGCUCCCACAAACUCAUCGAGACGCUCUUUCAAAGGGACCAUCUUGCCUCUGUGCUUGACAGCAUCAAGUACACUAAGAGCUCAUUGUGGACUUUGCUUCAGAUGUGGUUGGAGGAGUUCAGUGAGGAUUUUAGAGAUCCUCCCAUGCAUUCAUCUCUGCGUCUCAUGAGCUUACAGCUGAGGAGAUACACCGCUCUCUUCCCAUUGGCUAAACGCUACGAAGCGCUCCUUAAGAAGUUCCAGGCGGAAGUCGUUGUGGCCAGCGGAUCAACCAAUCAUGUAAAACAUCUGGACCUGGAUCAGGGGAAGGACUUGGAUCAUUUAUCCAGUCAGACGGAUGUGGCAGAGCAGCUCACUCGCAUGGACGCUGAGCUGUUUAUGAAGGUGAUUCCAUUCCAAUGUCUAGGAUGUGUGUGGUCUCAACGAGACAAGAAAGAGAAUCUUUCUCCUACUAUAUGGGCCACCAUCGCCCAGUUCAAUGCCAUCACCAACCGGGUCAUCACCUCUUUGCUUUGCCCCUCGUCCAACCUACUCCCACCUCUCAGCCCCGCCUCCAGAACCACACAUAGAGCCAGAGUCAUUGAGAAAUGGGUCAGAGUUGCACAGGGCUGCAGGGAGCUAAAGAACUUCUCUUCACUCUGGGCCAUUUUGUCGGCCCUUCAAUCCAACCCCAUCUACAGGCUGAAGAAGACCUGGGCCGCUGUCAGAGGAGAGACCAUGUCUGUCUUUGAGAACCUGUGUGAAACAUUCCCAGAUGAGAACUGCGUCCUGAGCAGCAGGGAAAUCUUCGUGGAUGAUGGCAGCCAAUCUGACAUGGAUAACACUACCCCAGAAACAUCCAAAAGAUGUCGCCUUACAAGACAAAUGAGCACCUAUGGAGGGACGGUACCGUAUCUGGGGACAUACCUCACAGCACUGACCAUGCUGGACACUGCCCUGCCAGACAUUGUAGAGGGUGGCCUUAUUAAUUUCGAGAAGAGGCGAAGGGAGUAUGAGAUUUUAAGGCAGAUCCGACAAUUGCAAGCCUCGUGCUGUCAGUAUGUUUUAACCGAUCAUCCUGAGAUCACUGCAUGGAUACAGAACCAGAAGCUUCUCACGGAUCAGGAGAGCUAUGAACUUUCCAGACAGCUUGAGACUUCUCAUGACUCUUCUCCAUCAUCCAGCAGCGGCUGGAAUCACCGAGCUCUCACCAAGAAGCUCUCCUCGCUCUUGUCCGGGAAUGAUGGAUCUAAAAAGAAUGCAGAUCAGAUCAGCCUGUCUUCCUCUGGAUCCAGCAGCUCUGAGCUGGAGGAGAUGUCUACAUCUCAAACUCUGACGCUCAUGACACCGUCUCUUUCCGGCUGCGGUCAGAACAGGACUGAGGCCUUUCCCUCCUAUUCUGGGUCUAGUUCUUCCUCCAGCUCACAGCAAGAUCUCAGUCCAUCCUCAUCCUCCUUGGCAUCACCUGACCCUCACCUGGUCUCCGCCCACAAACGCUCUGCCUCUAUGGCAUCACUCGCUUUCUACAACAAGCAGGUGGAUGACUCCUGCAUCAUCAGGGUCAGCAUGGAGUUCUGCAACAAUGGAAACAUGUACAAGAGCAUCUUGUUGACCAGUCAGGAUAAGACAGCUCAGGUAAUCCAGAGAGCUUUACAGAAACAUAACCUGGAGGAUGUAAGUGAGCAAGAGUUCACUCUCGUACAACUUCUGGCCCAAGGCAGAGAAUUGCAUAUUCCAGAGAAGGCAAAUGUAUUUUAUGCCAUGUCAACAUCUGCCAACUAUGACUUUGUUCUGCGGAAAUCCCCAAAAGGACAGAGGAAACAUCUCACCCGCUCUGUCUCACUGUCCUCAGGACGAUCCACAAAAUAAUCAUGUCUUGAGGAGUGAUAAAAACACAAAAAUCUUUUCUUGCCAAGAUUUCUCUCGGACCCAAAUAGCAAUGUCUAAGAUGAAGAACAAAUCGUUUUUUCAGACUCUCUCUAUUUCUCUAUUUCUGAUUAUGAUAAUGUUAUCUCUCCAGGUAUAAAAUAAUCCACUAGUUUUGUAUUGAAUCACAAUAAGACACCUAGAGGCCUGGGAUGGGACGUUUCUUAAAGGCACAUGUGAUGAUAGACAAUAAUGAAAAGAAAUAUGAUCGGUUCACAAUGUUCCCUCUGAUUGUGUGUGUGUCUCUCUCUCUCUCCCCCCCUCUGUGUGUGUGAGAAUGUGUGUGUGUGUGUGUGUUUAUGAGAGGUAACUCCCACAGUGUAAAGUGACAUUUCAAAGUCACACUGUUGCACCAUUUCUUGUUUAUUUCCACAUGUGACAUCACUGCAAUGUCAAUCUGUGCUUUUAGAGACUAAAAUGUAAACUAUGUAAAAUGUCAUAAAGAGUACACUGUUAAAGAUAAAUAAUAUUAUUAUGUAGAUAUUUUAGUACUACAGAGUUUAUUCAUAUUUUCUUACAUUGUAAAUUGUUUAAUAGAGAAGCAAUGAGAAGUCGUUUUUAAUAACACUUGAAAGAUUUUGUUUUAUUUAUUUUCUUUUUUUUGCACUCCAUGUUUUCCAAGCCCUGCGACAUUUCACUGAUGAAACCUCUGUCCUAUUUUUUGUCAUAAUGUUAAAAUUUAAGACUCAAAUUUGACGGAUCACUUAACAUAAAGCCCUGAAAAAAAUGACUGAAUAAAUUCAAUCUGAUACCAACCUGAACGAUCUGAGAGUACAUAAAGAAGCUUAAAAAACGGAAAAUCCUUGAUUUUGUUUUUUAUCGAUUAUGCCUAUAUAUAUAGCUUUAUCAGCCAAAAUCCCCUUGUUUUAGAGACAGAUGGAAGAAAGGCUUAAAACCCAUUGUCUCUUUUUCCUAUUUGAUAUUGUGGUAGUAAAAAUACUGUAACCAAAGGAAAGUUUAUUAUAUUUUAUGUAUAAUGUAAUAAAUUAAUAUUAAAGAAAUUUGGGAACACU